CUCGCUUCCGUUCCCAGCCGAGAAGGUUUGACAGGGGUACCACUCUAAGCUGCUUGACACAACAUGGCGGAGUACUUGCAAGUGGUGCGGAGGGCACUACAACAGAUCCGAGCUCACGGGGGGCUCCGGGGUUCCUUCUGGCAGUUUCUUAGAAUUAGUGAUCUGAAAACUGGCGCCCUAAUUGGUGUGGAUAAGUAUGGCAACAAAUACUUUGAAGACAAACGUAACUUUUUUGGUCGUCAUCGGUGGGUGGAGUAUACAAAAGAAAUGAAUGGAAAGCCAACUUAUUGGGAUAUAGAUGGGAGUAUGGUGCCUCCUGAAUGGCAUCGUUGGCUACAUUGUAUAGCAGAAGAACCACCAACUACUCAUCCCCCUACCGUUCAUAAAUUUGUCUGGGAGAACCAUAAAUUCAACUUGAGUGCCACUCCUGGACAAUAUGUACCAUAUCCCACCACUCGUAAGAAGAUUGAAGAGUGGGUUCCACCCCAGACCUCUAACAAGUAGUAUGUUGCACUAAUCUUGAAUAAAACGAGCACCACAUUGUAAGAUAUGUUUUCUUCAUUACUUAAAACGCGUUUAAUAAAAAUAAAACUUUUGAGAAA